AUGGCGGCCGGUGGAGUGCCUGACCUUGGAGGCUACGAGUAUGAAUUUGUCGAAGAAAUUCCAGAUGAUUGGGAAUGUCUUGUGUGUCAGUUGCCUCUAAAAGAUCCUGUUCAAAUCGAAAAGUGUGGCCACAGGCUUUGUGAAAUCUGCGUGGGGUCAAUUUUAAGGUAAUAUUUUGAUAUGUUCUUUGUUGACUAAAAUUCCCUGUUGUACGACGUAGAAAGUUUAAAAAUAUUUAAGCAAAAGCUAAGCAAGAUAUUACGCUUGCAGUGGUGAAAUGUGUUUUUCAACGAUUAGAGUGAGUUGUUAGGUAAAAUUUGCUUAUUCGAGUCGACGCUCAAGGUUGCGAAAUACUUGACGUUUUACGUCAAUCGGUAUUAAUAACACUGCAUUACAAAUCCGUAAAGAAUGAACUCGGUUGGUUAUUGUUGCAGAGAGAAACUGGUUUGAUGUGCAAUCUGAAGGAGCUGCUUUAUCAGCAGUGAUUAUUGCCAGACAUUUCACAAUUGACAGGAUUUAGUUGAGUUCAAAUUACAUGCACUUAAUCGCUUCAGACGGAGAGACGUGUAACGGUGCCAAACAAGCGAACGGAAUUUGCAUAACUUAAUCCUGAAAGCCUUGCGGUUUAUAUUUGGCGCUCGAAACCUAUCUCGUUUCAUGAAGUCUUGAAAUACAAUGUAGGCCAAUGCAGAACAAAAUUUUAUGAGUGUCUUGUCAUAUUAUUACUUUUAAGAGGAACCAUCGGGAAAUAGGCACUCCCCAGUUACGGCGCCUUUGGUAAACAGUGAUCAAGUUUAGAAAUAAUUUACCCUUUUUAGUUUUUUGGCCACAGGGUUAGACAAAACAGUCCACGCAAAUGGACAGAUUGGCGUACCCCUGAUUAGCAGACUUUCACUCUUUCACACAUCCUUGAAUGCUCAACCACUUCACCCCCACCCCUCCCCCCCAUGUGAUUAGCUUUUUCCUACGAAAGUUUCUCACGUCAAUUUUUCCUGUUUUAGAUCCGGUACACCCCUGUGUCCUGCAGAUCGAGAGCCGAUAUCAAGAGAGAGGGUACUUUCUCUGAGCUAUAUAUGGGUUUAAUUUUUCACUUCUCUAUUCAUAGUUGAAUCAAAUUUCCUUAACUCAGCUGGUCAGUUAUGGUGUUGCACAGAGGAUAAUAAUAUUUUAAGUCAUCAAAAGAGUGGUGUGAACAACGAAACUUGACUGCAACUUUGCAGGGGUUGCUUAAAAAUAAGUCAAGUGGAAUUAAAAGUGUUAUCUUCUCCUUUUAUCCUCUGUAUUAUGUGUACAUAAUUUUUUUUUGUUUUGUUUUUGUUUGAAAGAGGGCAAGAAAAUAGAAAUACACUUAAGGAUUUCAAGUUGUACUUCUAAACAAUACAAAUAACUAAAAGGUGCUUAUUUUGAAUUGAACCCAUAUCCAUUGGGCUGUCUGUGGUUGCCUGCGAGAAAUAAUAUGGUAUAGGUUUCGAUUAGAAGAGAUAUGUGUGUGUGAAAAUGGCAGAAUGGUGUUGUCUUUGAUGCAGCUUAAAUGCAGUAAAAGAGUGUUAAACUUGUGAUGUUACACUGAGGAGUGAGUAUUAUGAUAUAAUUCCUAGUUGAUGAUCAUCAAGGCAUCACUUAUUUUGUUAAUUUACUCUUUGAUUUUAAUAAUUUAUUUUUUAAAAUUUAUUUUAGAUUUUCUCUGAUGUUGCUUGCCAUCGUAAAAUACUGAAUGCCCAGGUCAAAUGUCCUAAUGAAGAGUGUUCCUGGAUUGGAGAACUUAGGCAUGUUAAGGUAUGCAGUUGAAUCUUUUUUAAUCUUUGGUUCGGCUUUGAAUUGCAGACAAAGAGUAUCCGGCAAACUGUAACAUUUAUUCAGAUGGUUAAGGAAAUAAUCUGUCAGAUCAGUUUAAUGAAUUGGGACUGAAAAUGCGUGACAUAGUCUUUAUCAAGAAAGAAAACUGGUUAGUCACAUAACGUGUGACGCGUGACACCCAAAAUCAGAGAAACUGAUUUGAGUAUAAAAAAAUUCUGAAUUUGUUCCGCUCUGUCACCAAGUGGAAGCAGCCUUAUAUAGGCCAUAACAGGUCAUUAGAAUCCGUGUUAAUCUCCUACAUCAGUAACUAACUUCACUCCACUUAUCCACCCAACAAUUACAUCAAUUACUAGUGUUACAUUACAAAGGAGUACUUUAAACAGAAGACUCAAAAUGUACAUUUACAAACGAUGCCUUGUUUUGUGAGGAACAUCUCUUGAAUGUCAUAUCAUAGGGAGCCUCUAAGGUCGCAUGUUGAUACAUAAAUGUGAUGCCUGAUCUUUGAAGGUGUCAUUGUGGUAUUAUUGUGUCCUCAGAAACAUGGGCAAGAGUGUCCCUACCAGCCAGUUCCUUGUGUUAACGAGGGAUGCAAUGAAGAGGUUCUCCGCAAAGAUAUCAUUUCUCACAUGGAGACCACGUGCCCAUGGUCCGUGAUACAAUGCUCAUUCUGUCCUGAUCGUUUCCCAAAACUAGAGAAAAAGGUUAGUGGUUGGUAACCCACAAAGAUACUCAAUAUUUCGUGGUUAAUGAACGGGAUGAAAUUCAGUUUGAUUUGAAAUCAUACUUUUGAUUCGAAUUGAAAUAAAAAGUAAAUCACAGUCAUUUUACAAAAUCACACAACUAAAUCGCCUUAGUAUGGUUUAUCAGUGGCCAGUAAGGUAUUGGUAUUUACUGAUCUGGUGCCUAAAAAGGGAAGUGGCUUUUGAACAACAACCGUACAACAAGUUUUUGAGGGGGGGAGGGGGUAUUUCUCCGUUAUUUUUGUUAAAUUAUUUUUUGUUUAAUUUAUUCUUAUUCUUACAAAAAAAGUCCUCUGCGCAGUCCCUGGUAGAUCAAUUGCUCCUCCAGAUUGCGACUGCUUUGUUUGUAAAUAAUUAACUGCUGAGAACCAAGCAGAUUCCUAGGAUCGAGAGAGUAGUAGGGAAAAAACACACCCUGAUGUUACUCUUACGACCCAUUCUUUAGGCUCAUUGUGAGGCCUGUCCGCGCUAUCCCGUUGAAUGCAGUAACAAGUGUGGCGUGAACGACAUACCACGAGAAGAGGUACUGAGAUUGGAUUUCACCUCAUUGAUUCUUAUAAAAUUUGCCGACAGGUUGAGCUUGAGAAUUUAACUAUACGUUCAGUAAUAUAGCUUUUUCACUAAUGAUAUGAUUUAUCGAUUGAUGUCAUACAGGUCGGUAACCACACUGAAAAUCUUUGCCCUUUGACUGUGAUAGAGUGUGAGUACAGUGCCAUUGGAUGCCGAGUCAAGGUAAUAUGCACCUGAAUACCAUAACUUCAUAUAUAAAUCAGUGUUAAUUUAUUAAGGCCGUUGUUGUUGUAAGCAAUCCUUGCACAACACGGUUAAUAAGCAAAUCACAAAGUUGUUUCGUAACUUUCUCCAGUUUCAAAGACGAGAUUCCAAAGAUCAUUUUGAUGCAUUAAAAGACACCCAUCUACACUUGGCCUGCAAGAAACUGAUUGACAUGUCCAAAACAGUCCAAGAACAAGCUCAAACUAUUGCACGUCUUGAAGAGAAGUUAGAACGCCUUCACAAUUCCCCCUUUAUAUGGAAAAUAUCGAACUUUGCCUCUGUCAUGAAGGCUGCUGAAACAAAGGAACGUCUUGUAAUAAUUAGUGAUCCGUUCUACUCUAAUCACAAUGGAUACAAAUUUGAGGCGGAGCUGUAUCCAAAUGGCUACCAUAUCGAUGACGAUACUGGCAAUAAGGGAAAAUUCAUGUCAAUUUACCUCAGAAUUCUUGUAGGAGAAUAUGACGGUCUUUUGAUAUGGCCGUUUUUCGAUUCAGUUGUGUUCACGUUACUUGACCAAAACGCGUCCGUGGAAAAGAGAAGACAUUUGCGUCAAGAAGUUCAGCAGACUCCCAAUGGACUCGCAAGACCAACAGAAGCCUCCGAAGAGGCAUGUGGUUCCUGGGAAUUCGUGUAUCACAACGAUCUAUACAAGCGUUCAUACAUCAAAGACGAUACAAUAUUUAUCAAAGUCGCGUUUGUGGAACACAAAGAUAGAAAGUUCUCGAGAAUUUUCCAUGGAGAUUACGAUCUAUAG